UAGAGCUUCCGAGAGCGGACAAGCAGUUGUUGCUUUUAACAACUUUAGUAUGAAUUCUCAUCUUCUUCGAAUACCUAACAUGAGGUGACGCUAUUGCGCAUUGUCUCACCAACAUGAACUCGCCAUUUCCCAAAUCCUCGUCGGCAGCGGGCGAGGGCAAGAUUAUCGCCCGGCUUCAACCCGAUGGAGUCUCUGGCUUGGAGACCAUCACCUACCAGUAUCCACUCAAGCUCAUCUCCCCAUCAAAACCGGCCGAGGACAAGAGCGUUCUGGUGUUCUUGCUUUCCUACGGCGGUGGUCUGGUUGGUGGUGACCAGGUCAACCUCUCAAUCCAGGUCCAUCCACAAGCAAAGUUGACCAUUGUCACCCAGGGCCAUACCAAGGUCUUCACCUCUACGAAAACCGAUAUUGUGACGCGCCAGACAAUGCGCGCACAAGUAGCAUCAGGUGGUGCUCUUUGUCUCUUACCGGAUCCCGUCCAGCCGUUCGCGGGUAGUGUCUACGAACAGACGCAAAUCUUCGAGCUGGCCAAGGAUGCCUCGCUCUGUCUCUUGGACUGGGUCACUCAGGGGCGCUCGGCUCGUGGAGAGGACUGGAGCUUUGUUCGAUGGCUCGGUCGCAACGAGGUGUGGACGCUGCCGGGAGGCGAUGAUAGCGGAGCUCGACUUCUUGUGCGAGACUCCCUUCUCCUGGACAGUGCACAGGCGCACCCACAGAUGAAGACAUUGCGUGAGUCGAUGCAUGCAAUAGGCAUUAUGGGUACGCUUAUCUUGCGAGGACCGUUAAUGAAGUCCCUGGGCGAAUUCUUCUUAGCCGAGUUCACUGCUUUGCCGCGAAUUGGAGCGCGAGACUGGCGGAGUGAGGAUGCGAAGAAGGCGGAGGUCAUCGAGGGUCUGUCGACGGCGGAGACGUGGCGGCGUGACAGACUCAAGAUGGAGAAGGAGAGUGGUCUGCUUUGGUCCGCCGCGCUUGUCAGGGGCUGUGUGGUGGUUAAGUUUGGUGCUCCAGAGGUUGAAGCUGGGAGAACAUGGAUAGGAUCGAUGCUUGUGCAGGAGGGGAGCAUCGGUGAGAUCUUUGGAGACCAUGCACUAUUAUGUGUUAGGUGAAUGUGAGGAGAUGUAUAUUCUGCGUUUCAAAUCCGUAUUUGAAGUUUGGUACCACCAUUCAGCAUAUGCUAUAACGGUCGGUGACAGGCACUAUUAAAAUAUACAUCUCGAACACAAAGACGCAAGGGGAAAAGCAAGUAUCACACUUGAAUCCAUGUGAGUAUUUGGAGGAAGGGGGAUGAAGCCAGUAAGAUGAGAAAAGAACAUGGCCUUCAUUCUGUGUGAAUGAAGGGGCUCAGGGUUAUUGUACAAUGAAAUUGGCAAGAGCAGUGAAUGACCAUAGGUACACGCAUUGAUAUGAUGUCUUCUUCAC